AGCUUUCUUUUUCAGAAAUUUACCAAUUGAAAUGAUAGUUUAAGUAUAAAUCAUCUUGUGAAAUAUAAUUUUGUGUGGAAAAAAUCACAGAAAGUCUUAGAAAUUAAGCAGAGCUUGUUAGGACAUCAUUAAUAUUAGAAGUAACAAAUAUGCCCAGUGGCAAAAAAGAACAAAAAAUGAGGAUCCGAGCAUUCCCGAUUACCAUGGAUGAGCGAUAUGUGGAGAACAUUUGGCAGCUUUUAAAAAAUGCCAUCCAAGAGAUCCAGAAGAAGAACAACAGUGGGCUCAGUUUUGAGGAGCUCUAUCGUAAUGCCUACACAAUGGUGCUGCAUAAACAUGGAGAAAAACUUUAUAGUGGCCUUAGAGAAGUUGUUACUCAUCAUCUUGAUACAAAGGUUCGAGCUGAAGUCCUCGCUUCUCUAAACAACAACUUCCUACAGACAUUAAAUUAUGCUUGGAAUGAUCACCAAACAUCCAUGGUUAUGAUAAGAGACAUCUUAAUGUACAUGGAUCGUGUCUAUGUACAACAAAACAAUGUUGAUAACGUUUAUAAUCUAGGGCUAAUUAUAUUCAGAGAUCAGAUUGUGCGGUACGGCUGCAUCAGAGACCACCUGAGGGAGACGCUGCUAGGUCUUGUCAUCAGGGAGAGACGCGGCGAAGUCAUUGACAAACUCAGCAUAAAGAAUGCAUGUCAAAUGCUCCUCGUCCUCGGCAUAGACUCACGCACUGUUUAUGAAGAGGACUUUGAGCGUCCAUUUUUAGCUCAGUCCGCUGAAUUUUAUAGAAUGGAAAGCCAGAAGUUCCUGGCAGAGAACAGUGCAAGUGUGUACAUAAAGCAAGUGGAGCACCGCAUCCAGGAAGAAGCUGACCGCGCCAAGCACUACCUCGACGAGAACACAGAGAGGAGAAUUGUGGAGGUCGUCGAGGAGGAACUCAUCAAGAAGCACAUGAAGACCAUCGUUGAGGUGCCUUCAUUACUUACUUGCAUGCACUCUCAAAAUCGAGGUCUGUUGCAGAACCUGCUGGAUCUGAAGGAUCGCUACACGCACUUCCUGCAGCACUCCUUCAACAACGAUAAGCUCAUCAAGCAAAUGAUUGCCACAGAUUUCGAGUAUUUCCUCAACUUGAACAGCAAGAGUCCUGAGUAUCUGUCGCUCUUCAUUGACGACAAGCUCAAGAAGGGCGUCAAAGGGAUGAGUGAAGGAGAGAUCGAGGUAGUGUUGGACAAGACGAUGGUGCUCUUCAGGUUCCUGCAAGAGAAGGACGUGUUCGAACGAUACUACAAGCAGCACCUCGCUAAGCGGCUGCUGCUGCAAAAGAGCGUGUCCGAAGACAGUGAGAAGACAAUGAUCUCUAAACUUAAGACUGAAUGUGGAUGUCAAUUCACUACCAAGCUCGAAGGGAUGUUCAAAGACGUUUCGAUCUCGACUACAAUUAAUAAUGAAUUUAAACAGAGACAACCGACGUGCGGCAGCAACAACUCAGUUGACAUCUACGUGCGAGUGCUGACGUCAGGCUACUGGCCCACCACCCUCACCUCCUCCAAGACCAACAUCCCCCUCGCCCCCCACACCGCCUUCCAGACCUUCAGGCGCUUCUACCUCAACAAGCACAGCGGCCGCCAGCUCACACUCCAGCCCCAGCUUGGGUCAGCUGAUAUAAACGCUAUCUUCUACGGCGCUCGGAGAGAAGAGCCCUUGAAUGGCGGCGCGGGCAACCUCGCUAGUUUACCGGUCGGUGACCUCAAUGCAUCCCUCGCCUCGUCUGCUGCUGCGGGGUCUGCCGUCGGGCAGGACGAAGCUGCAGGCGCCGUCACCACAUCCACAGUGUCCGCUCUUGCCCCCGUUGCAGCUAGUGGCAGCUCGACCGGCGUCAGAAAACACAUCAUUCAGGUGUCUACCUAUCAGAUGGUGAUCGUAAUGCUCUUCAACACGAGAGAGAAAUGGACGUACGAGGAGAUCCAGAGUGAAACUGAUAUCCCUGAGCGAGAUCUGCUGCGUGCUAUGCAGUCGCUGGCGCUAGGCAAGCCAAACCAGCGGGUGCUCUUGAAGAUGCCAAAGACUAAGGAGAUAGAGCCCCACCAUUAUUUCACAGUCAAUGAUGCCUUUACAUCUAAACUUUAUCGAGUAAAGAUCCAAGCGGUAGCAGCUAAGGGAGAGAGCGAGCCUGAACGCAAGGAGACGCGCACGAAGGUGGAUGAGGACAGGAAGCACGAGAUAGAGGCCGCCAUCGUGCGCAUCAUGAAAGCCAGGAGACGUAUUACUCACAAUAAUCUAGUGGCAGAAGUAACAGACUUGCUCAAGUCCCGCUUCGUGCCCGUGCCUCUGCUAAUCAAGAAGAGAAUAGAGAGUCUCAUCGAGCGCGAGUACCUCGCCAGAACUCCCGAGGACAGGAAAGUUUACUCGUACGUGGCGUAGCUGUUGCCGAGCCUUCUCCUCGUCGUUCACCAACUCCGCAGCUUCUACGAAGAUUUCAGUAAACCAUUCAUGUCAUCCUCGUCCGCUUCAUCGCCGUGCUUCGUAGAUAAUCUGUAUUGAGAACAUUUUAUUCAGACGGUAUCAACCUUCCAAUCAAUUGUCAUAUAAAUGCGCCUUGCCAACUUCAUGGUUACUGCUAAUGAAGUUCUCAUCUUAUCACCCGUCACUUAACAUCAGCGCCAAGAGCAGGAUAACGCGCCAACUUUUCUUCUGUCCUGAGUUGUCUUUCAAACUUAUUUUUUAGCGUUCAUUUCUGAUGGCUCUUAUAAUCGUCGCUCCUAUACUUGUUAUUUAUUUCGUCUCGUCUGAUAGAUUCGUCGUUUUAAAUACUGCCUGAGUUCACUAUUUCUGAAUUAGAUCCAUGAAGAUGCGUGAGACAGGACAGUUUACGUGCAUUUAUUACAAUAUUGUGCGACUUGGAUUCUUGGGUGGUCAUUAUCGACGAAGGUAGUCAGCAUGCAGAUUGUUUAGCGUGUCGAAACUCUGUUUAGGUCAAUUCAGAUAAUUCUCACUGUAGGAUUAAUAUUAUUUGUUACAUUCUCUACAUGUUUAUACUUGCAGUCUGUAUAUAACACGCUCGUGGUUAUACUCGCACAAGGUCUUCUGGAAGAUUUUGCGAGUUGCAUUAAGGUCCAGAUCUGUACAUUGAAUAUAAUAUGUAAAUAUCUUAUUUGAAUGUAGUUUGAAUGCAAAGGAAUGACAUGAAAUAGCAUAAAUUUUAUCGGAUUAGGCUCAUAUACGAACGUGUCCUGUUCGGAGCGCGCUUGUCUUUCCCACAGAGAAAAUUUAAUUCCAUUUGGUCAAGUUGCAGAUGCUCGAACCACGAUGUCUUGAGCGUGCUGAUGUAUUUUUCUUGUUUGACUGUGGGGCUUACGAAUUCUAAAUUAGGUGCAUUACUUAACAGUCAAUGGUAUCGUAAAAUAUUUUGAUUCGAACAUUGACAAACUUCGUCGAAACAAAACUAAUUCUGAGGUGAAGUGAGAUAUUGUGAUUCGAACAAUUUCGCGCUGUCAAAGCGUAUAAUAACUAAUUUUCUGCCACGUCGUUUGAAACUAUCAGUUAUUCUCUUCUAUAGUCUAAACUUUCAAAUAAAAGUUAAAGUUGGUAAUUCCUUCACAUCAUCUGGACGGUAUACGAGGACUUUCCAGAACUCCCUAUUUAUUUCAUAAUGGAAUCUUUACUAUACAAGAGAUUGUUCAAUUUUUAUUGUUAAUAAUUUUUCCUCGUUAAUUUUCCUGCUUAAAUAGUACCAUCCACUUUGUCCAUUUUCAUUGGUUUUGAAUUUUCAUUGUAUCACCUAUAGACUCGUCUGAAAACGUCGAUGCAUUUGGUGUCGCGAGCGCAUCUCUUGUUCAACAGUCGUAGUUUCCUUCAAAUUUCUGUAACUAGAGAAUAACUAGGUUGUUAUAAAUUUCAAAAUUGUAGAAACAUUCCACUGCAAUGUCGCUGACCCGAAAUUUUCGUGAAGAGUAUAUUAAUGGACUUAAAUUUCUUAAUUAUUUUAUUAUUGUAUUUGUCUGGUGAACUUUUUAGACAACGUUCGGUGCAGUGAAGUUUUUGGGAAGAACUUUGCGAGUGUAAGAAUUAUGAAACUAUCUCUACAGGUCCUAAUCGUGGACAUUUGCAGGCAAUUUCUCGUUAAUAAACUUGAUGCUGUCUUGAAGAGUUAACAGCUGUUGCCACUUUUAAAGAAGGGAUGUAUUUUUUCUUGAGGAUACUUCAAUUUGAUGAUUAAAGUAAAAACAAGGACUUUUGUGCUGACGGUAGAAUGACAUGUCUGUAUAGACUUGGGUAGCAUAUUUAAUCUUACCUCCGAAAUACAUUUAUGGCGAAA